UCAAUCUUCUAUUUACUACACAAUCUCUCUACCUCUCUCAUUCUCUCCCAUUCUCUCCCAUCUCUCUCGAGAUGAAGACAACCAAAACAAAUCUCUCCUCUCUCUCCUACUUCUUUCUCUCUCUACUUCUCCAUAACAUCACCACCGUGGAAUCUAUCGGUGUCAACUACGGUACAUUAGGAGACGACCUCCCCCCGCCAGCCCAAGUAGCUCAGUUCCUCAAAGACAAAACCAACAUCGACCGCAUCAAAAUCUUCGACGUCAACCAUGACAUCAUCCAAGCCUUCGCGAACACCAACAUCUUCGUAACCGUUACGGUGCCGAACGGUGACAUUCCGAGUCUCACGAACAUACGGACGGCUCGUCGUUGGGUUUCUACAAACAUUAAACCGUUUUAUCCGGCUACGAAGUUUCUGUACAUUGCGGUGGGAAACGAGAUUCUUCACUGGGGUCCGCAGAAUCUGAUCGACAACCUCGUACCCGCUAUGAGGACUCUACAUAAGGCGUUGAUUAUGUCGGGGGUUAAGGAUGUCAAGGUCACGACACCGCAUUCGUUGGGUAUACUGGAAUCUUCUAACCCGCCUAGUUCGGGUAAGUUCCGACCCGGUUGGGAUGUGGGUGUUUUGAAACCCAUGUUGGAGUUCUUGCAAGAGACCAAUUCUUCUUUCAUGGUUAACCCGUAUCCUUAUUUUGCGUGGGCUCCACAACAAGAAGAUUACUGCUUGUUCCGACAAAAUCCAGGUAUGGUUGACCCUGUUACGAAAAAGUUGUACACAAAUAUGUGGGACCAGCUGCUUGAUGCUGUGUACAUGGGCAUGGUUAGAUUGGGUUAUGGACAUGUUGAGAUUGUUGCGGCGGAGACUGGGUGGCCAUCUAUGGGUGAACCCUUCUUGAAACAAGUUAAUCCGACCAAUGCGGCGGCGUACAAUGGUGGACUAAUUAGACAUCUUGACUUGGGGACACCUAUGAUGCCUAAGAGAAUUAUUGAGACUUAUAUUUUUGAUUUGUUUAAUGAGAAUCAGAAGCCGGGUUCUAUUGCUGAGCGGAAUUUCGGGCUUUUUAGACCCGAUUUUUCGCCUGUAUAUGAUGCCGGAGUUUUGCGUACAGGCCCAGUGCCGCAGCCAAAUCCGCAACCGCAACCUACACCAAAACCUUCCACACCAAAAAGAUCGGGUGCGAACUUUUGUGUAGCAAAACCAGAGGCAUCUGAUGCAGCAUUGCAAGCUAACAUUGACUAUGUGUGCAGCAACGGAGCUGAUUGCAAACCCAUUCAAGCCGGUGGUGCUUGUUUUGAUCCAAAUAAUGUUAGGGCUCAUGCUCAGUUCAUCAUGAAUUCUUACUACCAGACCAAUGGACGGAAUGCCUUCAGUUGUGAUUUCUCUGGCACUGGUGUCAUAACAACCAAUGAUCCAAGUUAUGGUAGUUGUAAAUACAUGUCGUAAGUUGCUGGCCAGGAAACUCUAACAAUCUCAGUUGAAUGGGAGAGGUACUGUAUCUUUAAAUUUUAUUCAUUCAUCCGUCCUUGGUGUCUAGUAAAGUUCAUUAGCUACAGGGAUUCACAACUAAUCCAGGCUAAGCCAUUUGUAAUUAGCUUGUCCCUUUGAUUUAAUUAAUUUUUACAGAAUGAAUGAAUGAAAGUGUGAUGUUCU